AUGGACGACGAGAUCGCCUUGCUGGAAACAAAAAACACGUGGCAGGUGAUCAAAAGCGAAAUGCACAUGCACGUGCUCCGCAACAAGUGGGAUCUCAAAAAGAAGAUGUACAGCAGCGGGUCCAUCGAGUGCUACAAGGCAAGACUUGUAGCAGGAGGCGACGAUCAAGUGCUUGGUCGAGACUACAACCUGACAUUUUCAGCUGUCUUGGACAUAACUAGCGGCAAGAUCAUUCUCGCGGUUGAACGGCUCUGGAAAGUGCGCGCGCGACACUUUGACGUCCCGAUCUCCUACCUGGAGGCCUAA